AUGACAAACACUCGUAGACAAGAUGUGGAAAACACUCUCAAGAACCAUGAAAAGUCCAUUACAGAGAUCCAAACAGCCCUGGCGGCCAUGAUGAAGCAACAGGAAGAAUCGGUUUUGCAACAACAAGAGAUCUUGAAGGCGGUUCAGGAGAAAUCGGUACAUGCUAGUAGCGGCUCAUCCGGUGGUGGCGGUACUGGUUCAGGGUCACACUCUUUUUUUAGCGAUGCUGAGUCGCGGGGCAACCGACCUAUGCGGAUUGGAAAGGUUGAAUUUCCUAAGUUCUCGGAUGAAGAUGUUGAUGCGUGGGUUUAUCGUUGCGAGCACUUUUUCACUAUUGAUGAGACACCAGAAGCAAUGAAACUCAGGUAUUCAGUUAUUCAUUUGGAAGGGGAUGCCAUUCAAUGGCAUAGGGCAUUUAUGCGUACACGCGGGGCAACCGUAGCUGAGAUUUCAUGGAAUGACUAUAUUCGUUCCAUAAAAACUUGCUUCUCUAAUGCAGUGUUUGAGGAUCCAUUGGAAGAAUUGGCUUCGCUUAGUCAAACCGGUUCACUCCAUGAACUCAACACUACCUUUGACUCCUUACUUAACAAGGUAAAUUUGACUGAAUCACAAGCUAUGAGCCUCUACUUAAAAGCCCUCAAACCAGACAUUCGGGGACCUGUUAAAAUGUUUAAGCCUAGCACGCUACAUGAGGCUUAUGGGCUAGCAAAGAUUCAAGCUCUUAACAAUGAAAAUUUGGUGGGUAAAUUGAAAACAGCCAAGGAAGAUGCGGGUAGCUCACGGGUCAAUACUAACACUAAAAUUACACCUCCUACCAACGCCACCAAAUUACCACUCUUACCCACUCCUAAUCGAUCCACUACCACAACCUCCAACCCAACAAGCAAUACAUGCCGCCUUACUAGCAAAGAACUGGAACACAAACAAGAAGAUGGCGAGGAGGGGAUAGAGGAACUAUCGGCUGACGGAGAAAAAGAGCAGCAACCACAGAUUUCGAUACAUGCCUUGACAGGCAUUCCGUCAUACCCAACCAUGAGAGUAGCUGGGUCCAAUGGUAAUCGACAACUGCAUAUACUUAUUGACUCAGGAUCGACCCACAAUUUCCUUAAAGACAGGUUAGCUAAGAAGUUGCAGUGUGAUGUCAGGGAAGUUUCACCACUCAAUGUUGGUGUGGCUGAUGGGGAACGCCUUAUAAGCAAUCAAAUAUGCCACGAUUUUAGAUGGAAUAUGCAGGGAAGUUGGUUCACAACUCAAGUACUUCUGUUAUCACUAGAGAGUUACGAUAUGAUAUUAGGGGUGCAAUGGCUUUUGCCUUUGAAUGACAUCUUAUGGAAUUUCCAGAAGAUGACUAUGAAAUUUGAAGUUGAGGGUAGACAUUAUGAACUUAAGGGCCUACAAAAUAACUUGUUUUCGGUUUGCUCAAUUGAAAAAAUGGGUGAGUUGCUAAACAAACAUGCCAAGGGUGGAGAAUUGCAGUUAUUUAGUCUACAAUUGACAAAUGAAGGGCCUGGAAAUAAUUAUCAGUCAAGAGUGCCAACAGGGCUGCCCCCUUCACAGGCUUUUGACCAUAAAAUAAAAUGGAAAGAAGGAACAAAACCUAUUAGCCAACGACCCUAUAGGUACCCGGCUGUCCAAAAAGAUGUGAUUGAGAAAACCACCCGGGAGUUGUUAGACUCGGGGGUCAUUCAAAACAGUCAAAGUUCAUUUGCAGCUCCAGUCGUGUUGGUAAAGAAAAAAGAUGGUCAAUGGCGAAUGUGUAUGGAUUAUCGUCAACUCAACGAAGCAACGGUAAAAGACAAGUUCCCGAUUCCGCUAAUCGAAGAACUGUUGGAUGAAUUAGGUGGUGCGUCUAUUUUCUCUAAACUGGAUUUAAGGUCCGGAUAUCACCAGGUUCAGAUGGCACCCGAGGAUGUCCCUAAAACAGCUUUUCGGACUCACGAAGGUCACUAUGAAUUUCUUGUUAUGUCAUUUGGCCUCACUAACGCACCGGCAACAUUUCAGGCUCUUAUGAAUCAUAUUUUUAGGCCUAUGCUUAGAAAAGGGGUGCUAGUAUUUUUUGACGACAUCCUUGUAUAUAGCCAAAACAGGGAAGAUCAUAUCAGGCACUUGGAACAGGUUCUGUUGAUAAUGCAAGAAAACAAGCUAUUUGCAAAGGAGUCAAAAUGUGUAUUUGGAGGUCGAGCGGUGGAAUAUUUGGGACAUAUUACAUCAAAAGAAGGAGUCAAGACUGAUCCAGCAAGGAUUGAAGCAGUGCAACAAUGGCCAACUCCAAAAACAAUAAAACAACUUCGGGGUUUUUUAGGUUUAGCCGGGUAUUAUCGGCGGUUUAUUCGGUCCUUUGGACUAAUUGCUAAACCACUCACAGACCUGUUGAAAAAAGACGCUUUUCGGUGGAGUAAUGAGGCUCAAGACGCAUUUGAACGACUCAAGGGGGCACUUUCAUCAGCCCCGGUCCUUGCAUUACCAUAUUAUUCAAAAGUUGUGGUUGAGACAGACGCAUCGACAGGCGGAGUGCGAGCGGUUCUAAUGCAGGAUCGUCACCCGAUAGCAUUCUUGAGCCGAGCUUUGUCAUCUACACAAAAUGCCCUAUCGGUAUAUGAAAAAGAAUUGUUAGCAAUCAUGAUGGCAGUUAAGCAGUGGCACUACUUCCUCAUCACAGGUCCUUUUAUUAUUCGUUCUCAAGCAUCUUCUUACUCAAAAGGGGUGGAAUCUAAGUUGUCUACGGCUUACCAUCCACAAACAGAUGGUCAAAACGAGGUGGUGAAUAGGUGUUUGGAAGGGUACCUGAGGUGCAUGGUGAUGGAAAGGCCACACACAUGGGUGAAGUGGGUAUCCUUGGCAGAAUGGUGGUACAAUACCACGUUUCAUUCAUCCUUGGGGCGCACCCCAUUUGAUGCUCUUUAUGGGUAUCGCCCUCCUUUACAUAUUCCAUAUAUCCUUAAGGAUGCAGUAGAUAAGGAUGUUGAUGAGAUGAUGAAAGAUCGAGAGGCUGCUGUAAAGGUGAUGAAACAAUCAUUACUAAAGGCUCAAAACCGUAUGAAACAGCAAGCAGAUAAACAUCGAUCAGAAAGAAGCUUUGAACCGGGUUUGUGGGUCUACCUUAAGUUACAGCCAUACAUGCAGAAUUCUUUGUGGGUUCAUAAACAUUCAAAGCUUACACCUAAAUAUUUCGGGCCGUUUUUAAUUGUCGAAAAGGUGGGAUCAGUUGCGUAUAAGUUGGAUUUGCCUGAGGAAGCUCAGAUACAUCCGGUUUUUCAUGUGUCAUUACUCAAAGGAGCGGAUGAGCCACCUUCUAAAGUGAUUCCGUUGCCAAGGGAAGCUUGUUUCACACUUCAGCCGCAAUCAAUACUUGAUCGUAAAUUGGUUAAGCGGGGUAAUCGAGCUGCUAUGAAGGUGCUGGUACAUUGGAAAGGUCAACUGAUGCAAGAUGCUACAUGGGAGUUCCUUCAUGAUUUGAAGCUGCGAUUUCCAGAUUUUGAUGAGCUCACUGUUGAGGACAAAAGUGGCUAA